AUGUCGAUAGCCAAUACCUCCCCAGCACGAGGGGGCUAUGCAACAAAACAUUCGUAUUGUUUUUUAUCUAUCCGUUUCUCCAUCUUCUUCUUCUUCUUCUUCUUCUUCUUCUUCUUCUUCUUCUUCUUCUUCUUCUUUUACUUCUUCUUCUUCUUAUUAUUAUUAUCAUCUACGACUAUGAUCAAUUGCUUUAUUUUUUCAUUCUCUUCCUUUUUCUUUCUUUUCUUCUAUAAAACCUUCGUCGUUUCUUUUGGUCGACUGUUUUCUUUUCUCGUCUUAACUUGUUUCCUCCUCCUCUUCCUUUCUUCUUCUUCUUCUUCUUCUUCUUCUCCUUCUUCUUCUCCUCCUCCUCCUCCUCCUCUUCCUUUCUUCUUCUUCUUCUUCUUCUACUCCUCCUCCUCCUCUUCCUUUCUUCUUCUUUACAACCUUGAUCAUUUCUAUCGUCUUGAAUUGUUUCCUUUCCUUCCUUCUCCUUUUCUUCUUGUUCUUUACAACCUUUAUCUUUACCAUCUCAUUUCUUACGUCUUAAAUUCAUUCCCUCCUCCUCCACCUUUUCUUCUUUACUCUUCCUUCCCCUCCUUUCUCUUUACCUUCUUCAUUAUUACAUCUAGAAUUUCUUUCCCACCCUCAUCUUUACAACCUUCAUCUUUUUCUUACCUAUCUGUUCUUUUACCUAGAAUUGCUUCCUUCCUCCUCCUCCUCCUUCUUCUUCUUCUUCUUCUUUACCGCAUCAUCUUUUUAACUUUACCCUUCCACCUUCUUUCUUUCUCUCUCUCUCUCUCUCUCUUUUCCUUUCUCUUUCUUAAGCCUCUAUUUUCCUUUACCAAGAAUUGCUUCUCUUCUUCUUCUCCCUCGUCGUCUUCUUCUUUACAGCAUCGUCUUUUUAGUUUUCUUCUGUUCCUCUUUUUUUUGCCACCAAUCAGUUACAAUGCAAACUGA